AUGCUUUAUGUUGGAUGUCCGUGGUUCACGAACAGUGGAGUCUUUGUCGAUACGCAAGGGACGCAGGCUACAUCACAAGACGAAAUAUUUCUCGUUGCAAGAACAGAUAACCUCAGUACAAGGAAAAGGAAACGAAUAUCGAAUAAUGUCGAUAAAAAAUUUAAGAGUGGAACACAGACGAAAACAUAUAAAGAACUGCUAUGUUCACCCUCUUUAGUGGGUGGGCUUCAACAAGAAUCAGUUUUUUUCGCAGCAGUCAACAUUUUCCUCUCCAUCACAACAUUCCUUGGGAAUUCUCUUAUUCUUGUUGCCCUUCAUAAAGAAUCUUCGCUUCAUCCGCCGUCCAAACUCUUGUAUCGUUGUCUGGCAACAACUGAUCUGUUGAUUGGUCUUGUUGUUCAGCCUCUCCGUGUAGCUUAUUGGAUGUCGGUGGUUCACGAUCACUGGCGCCUUUGUCAUUACGCAGUGGAAGCAGCCUACAUCACAGGCGUAGCAUUAUGUGGAGUUUCUUUGCUGACGAUGAUGGCAAUAAGCGUGGACAGACUUAUCGCCCUGUUGUCGGGGCUGAGAUACAAAGAGAUUGUAACUUUGAAACGCAUUUAUAUCAUUAUAGCUAGCUUUUGGGUUUUAUGUCUUGUCGCCUCUUUAUGCACCAUUUUCGAUCAGCGUAUAAUCGCUUUGUGUGCCUAUAUAUUGAUACCACUUUCACUGCUUAUUUCACUCGCCUCGUACACAAAGAUAUUUCGCACUCUUAGAAAUCAUCAGGAACAAGUACAAGAUCAUGUUCAACAACAGCCGAGCCAACCAAGUGCACUGAACAUGGCGCGAUACAGAAAGGCAGUACACAGUGCACUGUGGGUAGAGUUAGCAUUAGUUGUUUGCUAUACACCAUUCUUUGUAGUGGAAAUUGCAGUCAAUUAUAGUACAACAUAUUCAUCACAAUUAGUCAUCACAGGGGGAAUGACAACUAUCCUUGUUUACUUUAACUCGACGUUAAACCCGUUUCUUUACUGCUGGAAGAUAAGUGAAGUGAGGCGAACAAUGAAGCAGACAAUCAGACAAGCACUUUGCUGUCCAUGGAGUUAG